AUGAUGUUUUUUAAGUGUAACCAGGUCUUUACUUUCCUUUUUUUGUUGCUCUUAUAUUUUAACAAUAUUGUCUACACCCAUGUAGAUGAUAUAAAAGGUACACCCCAGAACAAAAUUACAUAUGAUAAAAAUAAUAUAAAUAUAGAAAAUAUAAAUAACGAAAAAAAUGAUAAUAAAGACAAUAUUAAUAAUAAUAAUAAUAAUAAUAAUGAUGAUGAAUAUAAAUUUUUAUCUAUGAAAAAUUAUAAGGAUAGUUUAUCAAAAAAAUUAAAUAAUGAAUAUGCUCAUAUCAACUAUUUAAUAAGAAAAAGAGAAAAUAACACUCAAGAAAAUCAAUAUUUAAAUAAUAAUGAUGAAAAUUCAUCCAUUAAGAAUUCAAAAAAAAAAGACAAUAAUAUUAUCAUAUCUAAUGAAGAUUAUGAAGAAAAAAUAAGCAAAAAAGAUGACGAUUUAAUUGAAGCAUUUUUCCCUUUUCUAUUAAAAAAAUUAGGCAAUAAAUCACUAUCUGUUGAUGAUAAAUACGACGAUUAUUAUAAUUUAUCUAGUACUCCUAGUGACACACAUAAAGAAAAUUCAAGCGAUAAUAAUUUAUUAGGAUAUAAAUUGGGAAAUAAUCUAAAUUCAUAUGUGACAGAAGAAAAUGGAGUUUCUCAAACAAAAAAUAAUGACCAACAUGAAACUUUAAGCAGUGUCUCAAAAGACGUACAUGAAACUGCAAGCAGUGUCACAGAAGAAGUUGAAGAAACCUCAAGCAAUGGCUCAGAAGAAGUUCAAGAAAUGCUCAAAAUGGAUUCACAUGCACCUCAUUCGGAAAAAAGAGAGAAUCAAAGAGAUUUAACCAAUCAACAUAUAUCAAAAGGAACAAAUUCCUUGCCAAAUUCUCAAGUAAAUACAUCCAAAGGAAGUGAAGAGAAAACAACAAAACCUCAAACCCCUAUAGUUAAUAGUGUGGAGAAAAAUGUGCAAGUUCCAAAAGAAAAUGAUCCUCAUGCGGAAAAAAUAAGAAGAACGUUAUUAAAAGAAAGCAGGGACAUUAAAAAUACAACAGCCAUAAUAGACGAAACAGUAUAUAAAUUUGAACAACUAAUUAUGAAAGGAAGAUAUUAUGCUACUGCCGUGAGAAAUUUUGUUAUAUUUAAAGUAAAUUAUAUUUGUGAAUAUUCCAAAUGUGGCGCUAAUUCUCGUUGUUAUAUUAUAGAAAAAGGUAAAGAACAAUGUAGAUGCCGACCUAAUUAUAUAGUUGAUAUGAGUGUAAAUUAUUUCAAAUGUAUACCUAUGAAAGAUAUGAAGUGUUCAGAAAAUAAUGGAGGUUGUGAUAUAAAUGCAGAAUGUACUAUUGUUGAAGGUGCAGUAAAAUGUCAGUGUAAUCAUCUUUAUUUUGGUGAUGGUGUAUUUUGUGUAAUGAAUUCUCAAACAAAACAAACUUUAUAUAUUUUACUUAUAGUAUUAUUGUUAGUUUUUCAAAAAUUUUUCAUUUAA